AUGCAUCGGCCUCGAGUCCGCGCUGCCCCGCUAGAUGCGGCGGGAUCUACCGCUCGCCGGGCCGAGCUAAGACAAGCCGCACCUGCCCAGGUGGCAAAGUACUGUUACUACCAGAGAGCCGGCUCGGCCCCCUAAAGUAGGCGAGGGCGGGGCUCGCUAGGCCCCUCUAGGCCCUAUUUCCCGUCCCCAUGGCAACCGCAAAACCUGCGCGGGGCGGAGUCGGAGGCAGGGCGGUCACGUGGCCCGGAAAAGCGCCUCUCCGGCGCCCCCUCUGGCAGGAAGUGGUGAGGCUGAGGGAGAGAGAGAGAGAGAGGAGGGGGAGCCCAGCAGCCAAAGAAAUUAAAUUCCUCGGAGGCGGCGGCGUCUUCGCGUCUGGGAGGGCGCAGAGCGGCGCUAGUCCUCAGGGAGGCCGGCCCACCCGCAGAGGGGGGCGCGGUUCCUCAGCCCGCCCGGCCCCUCCCCCCCGCUCCCCGCUGGGCCCCGGCUCCGCCUCCCCGCCUCCCGUCAAGGCAGGGGGCCCACUUGGCCCUCCGCCGGCCCCUCAUGAGGUGCAGCCGCCCUCGGGGCACGUACCGGGCCUAGGCGGAACCGAAGGUAAGCGAGCGCCGGCGGCCCCCGGCUGUUCCCGCUGCGGCGGCCAGCGCCGCCCGCCCCGCUCCACGCCCCCUUCGCCAGCAGCCGCUGCCCGUUAUUAGCUCGUUAUCGGGCCUCCCCGGAGCCGCCUUUCCGAGGCCGCUUCGCCCCGCUCCCCCCCAAAUCGCAUCCCGUGCUCUUCCUUCCAAAACACCCCACAGGGCUGAUUCACACGUUACGGCGACCUGUAGACCUGGGUUGUGCUGUCUGGGCUGUGCAUGUUUUGCAGGCAAGCUACAGGUAACCCCGGUACCUGUGUCGGCAAACACGUGUUUGCCCUGGUCCUGCUCUAGGCUGUGGAGCGUCUUCAGGGUUUUUUAGUCUUUUGCAAAAGAAAAAAGAGGCUUUUAUCUCUAGAGUGCUUUCGUCUUGCUCUGGGGUCUCCCAUCAUUACUUUGUCUUUCACAUGGUUUGCUGCUUCUGCUGUUUGGUUUAUUAUUACUUAUUUAUCAUUGCUUUUUAAAUUUGUAUAGCGCCCUUACCCGUAGAUAUCAGGAUUGUUUGGAGCAUAAAAAAUACAAUAUAAAAAACAAGGCUUCCACCGUGCUUCCUCUGCAUGCAAGAGGCUUUGAUAAUAAUACUUAAUAUUUAGGGUUUCCUUCAUGCCCCACCCCCACCUUUUGUAAUAGGAGGACAAUAAUAUGGACCUGCCUUGCAUUUUGUGAGAUUAUGUGUGUUAAGCAGUUUGAGCAGUUGAGAAAUGCAUUAAAUAAUGGGUUUCUAAACACCAAGUGUUUGGAAAGUUAUUCAGAGUAAGGGCUGCAGUCCCUUCUGGGCAUUUUUAAAAUAAGACAUGAACAAAACAAUCUCAGCAUGUCCUUUGUACACAGAUAUAUACAGUAAAAUGCAUCAGCGUUAUCUUAAUAGUCUCUCCAUGGGUCUCUAUCUGCUGAUGGCAGUCUCGUUUAGUAGACUGAUAAGUUAACAUGCAUAAUGAAGCAAUGCCAGUCUGUAUUGAAGUUCUCUUGUCUGAUUAUUUCCUAUUUGUAAGUUUUUGGGCCAAGACUAUUUGCUGUACAUUUGUAUACCAUUUGGCUACAGUCUUCUAGGACCCGCAUGCCAGUGGUGGGUAGGGGCAGCGGCAAAAGUGGGUGGAGUAGUUAAUGUAUUUUUUCUACCCUUCUACGCUAGGCUUGUUUCUACACACAUUUGUGUAUCUCUCUUUAUCCUCAAUUCAGGGGAAUGAGACAUAAUCAGAGUUCAAAAACAUCCAAGGAGGGUGUGUGGCCUGGAGGAGAGUCCUGAGGGCCAGAUAGGGAUGCAUUGAGGGCUGCACUUGACCCCCAGGCUUUACUAUAUGCUUUUAUAUGGUAACUGUUUACAGUGGGUAAAUGUAACUUAGAAAUAUUUGAUGCUUAUGCACAAACAUGGAGUGGAUUUGCACCAGGAGCUGCUGCUAUUUGGGAAGAGUUGCACAGGACUGAUUAAUCCAUUAAUCAGGGUGCUGUGAUCACAUCAGCUUUAAAGCAGCCCUUGCACAGCAUAUUUCACAUGUGGAAAGGUCUUCAGUAACAUUAACAACAGCUGUGAAAAGUGGACAACUAGUAUUUAUUAUAUGUUAAGGCUGGAAGAACAGUGCCUUAUGGAAACCACUUAGUACAUGCCUGGUUGAGGCAAGAUACGAAACAGGGCUGAUACUCGUAGCAACUCCUUACACCAAAUCUUAUGUGAGUAAAUUACAUUGUUUGUUUCAACUGCUGGCCAGAGGGGAGCUGGUUAUCAUGGCAGCUUAUAUGGCCUUUUCCCACUCACAUUUUCAUUCCCAUUUGGUUUGUAAUCCUUUGAGUGGGGGGUCAGGUGAACCAUGAGAGCUGACCGCAAAGUUUGUAAGAAGUCUCCAAAGCGAUCUGCUCAUAUGAUUUAACUCAAGCCCAGGGAUAAGCAGGGUUUUUACCUAGAUUCAAGUGGAAUAUGUUUAAUCCAGGACAUCUGGGAAUCAAUCAACUAACAGUCCCUUCUGUAGAAGGGACAGAAGUAAACAAUGAGCAACCUAAAACAUCAGAAGCUUAUGUUUGUGGUUAUUUGUGACUAAAUGCUGCUUUUUUCUAUGCAGAUGAAGGAAUGUAUAUAGACAACAUAUAAUAGUGUGCAAACUAAAUGAGAAAUGAGUUUUUUGUGGCAAUACAUAGUGGGAAGCACUCUUCAUUGAAAUAUGUAUAAUUAGGAUAAAACAGAUGAUGUGUGGUUUCUUUGCUUGCAACAGUAUAGCUGCUUUUUAAACAAAAAUAUUUGGAAGUUUUCUCUGGUGAUGGAAAAUGGUUGGGCAGAGCAGUCUUGAUGUUUGAAGAUUAGGAGAAUUCUAGAAGGGCAAUCAUUAUUGUUUCUCUCUGGUGAGAAGUCAGAGAUAGAAAUACUUCCUAUGUCAGAUGGGAUUGGCUUGUGAGAGGACCAGCCGUGGCCAUCUUAGUGUCUUCAGUUUGAGACUUGAUUUUUACAUUUGAAACUUAGAUCAGAUUUUCAUUUUACUCCAAAGUAUGCUCCUUUUUUAUAUAUUACUAGUGGGAAAUGCCUGGCACUGCCCAGGAAUUUGAAUAAAUCUCAAAAUAUUUUUAAGUGGAUAGUGCAUUUUUUUUAAGUUUUAGGACUGUGCAUGUUGUUGUUGUUUAGUCAUUUAGUCGUGUCCGACUCUUUGUGACCCCAUGGACCAGAGCACGCCAGGCACCCCUGUCUUCCACUGCCUCCCACAGUUUGGUCAAACUCAUGCUGGUAGCUUCGAGAACACUAUCCAACCAUCUCAUCCUCUGUCGUCCCCUUCUCCAUGGGGACAAAGAUACAGUGGUGCCUCGCAAGACGAAAUUAAUUCGUUCCGCAAGUCUCUUCGUCUUGCAAGUUUUUCGUCUUGCGAUGCACGGUUUCCCUAGGAACGCAUUGAAAAUCAAUUAAUGCGUUCCUAGGGAAACCGCCUUCAGACUCAGGUCCGGGGACAGUCUGUCCCCGGACCUCUUCUGAAGGCUGGGGGGGGGCAAGGGCUUUUCUUCCCACCCCCAGCAUUUUAAAAAACCCCGGGACAGCGGAGGACUUCUCCGCUGUCCGGGCGAUCUUAAAAUGCUGGCGGGCGGCCAUUUAAAAUCACCCCGGGACAGCGGAGGACUUCUCCGCUGUCCGGGGCAAUUUAAAGCCCCUGGGAAGGCAGGCAGGGGGACAAAGACUUUGCCCCCGCCAGCCUUCAGAAGAGGUCCUGGACCUCUUCUGAAGGCGGGCGGGGGCGAAAGUCUUUGCUCCCCGCCUUCAGAAGCCCUCCGGGACAGGCAGGCAGGGGAGCAAAGACUUUCGCCCCCGCCCGCCUUCAGAAGGUCUUCCCUCCCCGCCCGGCUCGGAGCACCGCUCCGAGCCGGGCGGCGGCGGGAGGUCUUCCUCCCCCGCCCGGCCCGAGCACCGCUCCGGCCGGGCGGCGGCGGCAGGUGUUCCCUCCCCCCGCCCGGCUCGGAGCACCGCUCCGGCCGGGCGGCGGCGGCAGGUGUUCCCUCCCCCCGCCCGGCCUCGGAGCACCGUCCCGGGCCGGGCGGCGGCGGCAGGUGUUCCCUCCCCCCGCCCGGCUUCGGAGCACCGCUCCGGCCGGGCAGAGGCGGGAGGUCUUCCCUCCCCCGCCCGGCUUCGGAGCACCGCCCGGCCGGGCGGCGGCGGCAGGUGUUCCCUCCCCCGCCCGGCUCGGAGCACCGCCCGGCCGGGCGGCGGCGGCAGGUCUUCCCUCCCCCGCCCGGCUCGGAGCACCGCUCCGAGCCGGGCGGCGGCGGCAGGUGUUCCCUCCCCGCCCGGCUCGGAGGAGCCUUCCGAAGCCCGGCGGCGGCGGGAGGAGGUGUCCCCGCCCCGCCGCCAGGCUUCGGAGGAGGUCCGAGGACAGUGGGAAGACGCGCUGCGCUCCCCGCUGUCCCUGAGAUUUCCUAUGGGCUGUCGUCUUGCGAAGCAAGCCCAUAGGAAAUUGUUUUAUGAGCGCCUCCAAAACGGAAAACCCUUUCGUCUAGCGGGUUUUCCGUCUUGCGAGGCGUUCGUCUUGCGGGGUACCACUGUAACAGGACUGUGCAUAUACACACACUAACCCAGGGGUCUGCAUGACCCCGAAUCAAUUUCUCUCUCUCUGUGAACUAAAGUUUAAUUAGGGUUAAUUUGACCUACCAUAUUGAUUAAAAACUGCCUCUAGUGUCCAAAUGUAGAUGAAGAUCAGUUUGUCCACCUCAGGCCCUUUCAUGCCAGGUUAGGCGCAGGUUAUAACCAUCGUGACAGAUGUGACAAAGACCUGCCAAAUAGUUUCAAAAUUGCUGUAGUUUAGACCCUUCAUGCCCUAAAAUGUGCGAUCACACAAAAAUAAUGCUUGGGCCCACAAUGUUGAUUCAGAAUGGUGGCCAGCAGUCCAGCGUUGAUGAAAACUAAUACCCUCACCUUGGGAAACCUUGUGCCGAGUUUGACAGCAAUAUAACAAGAAUCAUCCAAACCCACAGAGAACAGAAGGAAAAACAAACCACUUUCCCCAAAAUAUGCUAGAUCAAGGUAGAAUUUAGCGCACAGAUCUUUUGUGUCCCUGUAGCAAGAUCUACUAUCUAGUGUGCCCUUUUAUAUUUCCUUUCACUAUGAAAAAUUCACCCUGUCCUAAGUUGUAAAAAAUGCAGGCUUAGCAAAUAUCUUUCCAAAAAUAAAUAAUAUAAGUAAAUAUGUUAUAGUGCCUUUCAAUCAGUUGAUUCAAGGCACAGGUGUGGCUAAAGUGUCUUAUUUUUCUGCUGUAUACCAGUAUAAGACAAAAUGUGUUGAUUUUAACAGUAUGAAAACUGGCAUUGAUAAUCUACCUUGUGUAUUGCAAUACUCUGGCCAACUUUCAGAAACGGGCACUGAAAAGUGACUGUGUUACAGUAAUUAAUUAUUUUUGCAUUGAGGUAAGAGGGUUACACACUCAAUGAUGUUAGUGGCCUUCCAAACAUAUCUUCAUCCAAAAUUUUGGGAAUGUUUUUGCUGCUUUGGUGAAAAUGUAUUUAUUCCUAAGAAUGAUGUUUGGAAGUUCCUAUUUUCAAUCAAUGGGACAUUUACUUGAUGCCAAUUUUGCAGAGCUGCAUUUGUUGAGCUUUCUUCCCGAGAGAUAAAAUAUAGGUGGCAGCAGCAGCAAAAAUCCAUCCUGUAAGCCUCAUAGGGUAUGCCUGCUGCUGGUAUGUGUUUAUGUGUAGGGAAUGUAAUAUACAGUACCAGAAAAUCAUCUGUCUUUACCUUCCUGUAAAAUGUAUUAAAUGUUUUCCAUAUGCUUAACUCUCUGACCGUACUAUCUGUAUUAUGACUUCAGUCGUAAUCUUCCUUACAUGAUCUAUUCUGCAUUUAGAGAUUUCUCUAAUGGGUUCCCUUGAUCUCAGUUUGUGACAGUAGCUAAUGUUCCAGGAUUGUCAUAAGCUAUCCUAUACAAUCAUGGGAAAAAGGAAGUACAUACUCCUUGAAUUCUGUGGUUUUGCAUAUGAGGUCUUAAAAUUUGGUAAAUACAACCUCAGAUGAACAGCAGCACAUGACAUACUACACAGUGUCAUGAUUUAUUUAGCAGAAAUAAAGCCAAAGUGGAAAAGCUGUGUGUGAAAAACUAAGUAGACCUCAUGAACCACCUUCAGCAGCAAUAAAUCAUCAUUUUCUGUAUGACUUCAUCAGUUGAAAUUUACUUUAUUACGGUCACAGACCAGCAUAAGCAGAGCAUCUAAAUAAAUAGUAUAACAGUAAGAGUCUAAGCAAAUAAUUAUUAAAUAAUUGGGAGCAAGAACCAAACAUAGCUUAAACCUUAUACAUAGAAUACUUAAUUAAGCAUAAAUAAAGGAUGAAAAAAACUGAUGAGAAAAUUUUAAAAAGACCAGUUAAAACAACUAUGUAGGGCUUCAAAAGAGUGGAUCUAACAAUAUGGGCCUUCAAUUUAGGACUGAAUUGUAUCAUAGACCAUCCUUCGAUGAAUAUCUAUCAUGGCAACGCAAAAUCUGGUGACUGAAUAUGUAAUUUCUGGGCUUUUGUCCUGUAGUAACAGGGAGAUCUUGUGUUGUUUUGAAUGCCCAGGGAACUUAUAUAAGAUGGGUUGGAUAAACCUGUCUGUGUAAUACUGGAAAUGAAGAAGGGCAUGCUCUGUUGUUUCAUGCUGCCCAGACAACGUCAAGAGAUCUAGAGCAGGAGUCAGCAAACUUACCAGGUCUCGGGCCAGUGUCUCCAGCGCCGAUCGUGCGGCGGGCCAGAGGGCGGGGGAGCACGUGCCCAUAUGCGUGCGCACAUGCUAUUUCUGGCGCACUUCUGGGUCGGAGGAGCACCGGAAAUAGCUUGUGCACAUGUGCACAGACCUCCUCUGACCCAGAUGUGCACCGGAAAUAGUGCAUGUGCACAAGCUAUUUCCGGUGCUCUUCCGACCUGGAAGUGGGCAGCCGUGCAGCGCAGCGCCGGUAAGAGCUGGGGGGGUGUGGGCCGGAUAAACAAGUCCCUUAUCCGGCCCAUGGCCCUUAGUUUGUGGACCUCUGAUCUAGAGUCUGGUAGCCCAACUGAAACGGGAAAGCCCCAGGGGCAGAUUUAAUACCUGUAGAGGCUAUAAAAAUAAUUUAGACUUCAUCAGUCUCUUACAUCCUUGUGGAAGAAUUUUGGUCCACUCUUUUUUUACAAGUUUGCUUCAGUCCAUUGAGGUUUGCUAGCAUUUGUUUAUGCACAGCUCUCUUAAGAUCCCUCCAUCAGAAGAUAUAAAACAAGUACGGUAUGUACAGAUCACCCUGCUGGUUCAGUGGAGGAUCCUGGUGAAAUACUGGAUCCUUGAGCCACUGAUGGCUUGCUGGCAGGGUGGAUAAAAAUCAAUGAUUUUUUUUAAAAAAUAAAUAAAUCAGAUUUUUAAAAAAUUAAAUGGGAUUUUAAAAAAAUUUUAAUUGAUUAUUUUGAUUUAAAUUGGAUUUUUAAAAUAAAAUGUUUUGGAGGGAAAAAUAUUUCUAAAGAUAGUUUUCUAUUUAAGUUACAUUAUAGUCCAAAGGCUAUAAUCAGGAAAUAAGGAUUUGUUUUAAGUUCUUCAUGUGUGCUGAAACUCAGUCUAAGUUGGUUGUUUUUUAAAAAAAAAGUUUAACCACAUCAGUUAACAAACAUUGAUACAUAUACUAUAAUGUUCAAAUUGUUAUUAAGGAAAUUAUUAUUUUUCUUCUUCCAAUAAUGUACAGUGGAAAAGUUGUCCAAAUAUAAACAGUUAACUUAUUAAGCCUCACAAUAAUUUCAUAAUUAUCUGUCUAUGUAUUUCUAAUAGUAUAACCAAAUCUGUAAUUUUUGAUAUAACUGUAAAAACUACUCUGAAAAUUUAUUAUUCCAAAAAUCAAACCUUCAUCUGGUUGUAAAUAUUAAGAUUAUACCAGCAGGAAUGUUUUUUUAAAAAACCAAUUAUUUAAAUCAAGUCUUACUGACUAGUACUUUAAAUCGUUAUUUAAAUCGAUUUGAUUUAAAUCAAAUCCACCCUGCUUCCUGGCCCUGGGUCCAGCAGAAGAUGUAUAAUAAUAAAUACAGUUCAUGAUUUAUGGCAACAUUUAGACCAAUCAUACCUUGGAUUAUAAAGUUGUGAUAUACCCAAGCCUUUUGCCUGCAUAGGCCGUCUCUGUGUUUUUCCCUUUGCCGUAAGCUUUGAUUAAAUCAAGAAACCUCUAAUUAACCUUACUGGGCUAAUAUGCUGGCUUCAAACUUUGGUGUAAUAUCCUGGCUUGUUCCAAAGCUGAUAACAUUUUGCUAGUUUGGAUGAAGUGGGAAAGUACAGUUAAUUGGAAGCUUCCUGGUUUAAUUGCAGCAUGUACAAUAGACCUUUGUGUGUGACAAAAGCACAUGCAUAUUGUCUUAAUAGUCUGAGAUACGAUUGUCUGAACAAGCUUAUAGUGUGGCACAUGUAAUACUUAACCUCAAAAGUGAAAUUUCCCUCCCUUUGUUUUUUCUGUUGAAACAAAAAAACAACUUUAAUUCAGUGUGUCUGAUAUAGUCAUGAUUCAAUUUCAAGUGGGGUAGAUUUUAACAUAUCUGUUUGCAUUAACUUAAGAUUUCCUUUAAAACAAAAAAGUAGUAAUUACUGUCAUUUCUAUUAAAAAUAAUUGAAUUAAAAUUUGGUUUAAUUUAAAUUUAUUCACUCUCUGCAGCAGCCAGUGUAGUCCUCAAAUAUUUGGCACCUUUAUAUCCCACCUUUCUCCCAUGAUGGAUCUCAUAGCACUCUUGACUAUACAGUUUUGUAUCUAUUAUUUCAGGCAACAAAUAAUUACAUUAAAUGUGUACCCCACAACUGGGGAGACAAAGUUCACAGCUUUGAAAAUCAGAAUAUUAAUGAACCUGUAUUUGAAGCUGCAGGGACGAUGCAUGUGCUAUCUUGGAAAAUUAUUGGGUUUUCUGAUAAAUACAGCAUAGCUAGUUCUAGGAAAUUGCAAUAUCCCUGUAAUAGAAUGUCUGUAAGAAACAAGUUGCAACUAAAAUUUGAUAAUCUUGAAAGAGCCACUGCUGUGUGGAUAGAUAGCAGUUUAAAUAAUUCUCCAUGCUUGGGCACAUCUUCUGAAUUUAGAUAGGAUGUGCAUUGGCACUUAAUAUUGGGCUAUAAAAGCCAGAGGUGCUGAGGUUUUCAGUCAGAUCUGUACAGAUAGACUUAUUAACAAAAGCUAGUGGCUGUAUGAUUUGGUAAAAUUAUGGAGGGAAUUUGAGUUUCACAGGCUGAUAUCUCAUCAGUUACUCAUACCCUGCUUUCUGCCACAAUGCUCGUAAUUAAAAACAAGUUAUAAAAACAAAUAUUCCACCCUCAGAUAAGUAUAUAAAUAUGAUCUGCAAAUGUGUAAAUCAGUUAUAUAAUAAAUGCAAUACUUGGGAAGGUAACAUUUGAAUUCAGUUGGUGGAGUAUGUUGCUUUUCUUCCAACAUUCCAUGCUUCAUCACACAAAUAAUGAACCUUUCUUGUGAUGCAGGUCUCUUCGUAAUGCUAUGUAUUAAGGCUGUAAUGCUGUUAAUAAGAUUUAAUAUAAUGCCAAGCUGGAAAAAUCAUAGCUGUUAAAACAUUUGAUCCUUAUACUUAAGGAUGUGAAACACUUUGCAAGCCCAGUCGUAAUGACUGCCUUAAAUAUCUGUAUCUCCCCUUUGUUCUACAUACUCUUCUAUUUUAAAUUUUCUUUUUUAAAAAGCUAAGCACAGUUCAGAAUGGUGUACAAUUAGGAAAAUGACGAAUCUAUGUAUUACUUGGUUAUACAGUGGUGCCUCGCAAGACGAAAUUAAUCCGUUCCGCGAGUCUCUUUGUCUUGCGGUUUUUCGUCUUGCGAAGCACGGCUAUUAGCGGCUUAGCGGCUAUUAACGGCUUAGCGGCUAUUAACGGCUUAGCGGCUUUAAGAAAAAGGAAACAAACUCGCAAGAACUCGCAAGACAUUUCGUCUUGCGAAGCAAGCCCAUAGGGAAAUUCGUCUUGCGGAACGACUCAAAAAACGCAAAACCCUUUCGUCUAGCGAGUUUUUCGUCUUGCGGGGCACCACUGUAUUGUAUAAACGGUGACCAUUUUGCACAGGGGUUCCAUUCUUGGCCCCUCUGCACAUGUUGGCGGAAUGUGCAUAAGGAUUCCAUGCUCCGUUCUGCCCUCUUCCAAGUCUAAAAGGACCCAUGCGUUGUGCAUCAAUUGGACACACCUAAAACAGUCGCCCCCUUUAUGUGGUUUGAGACUGUAUUCAGAUCCUGGUAGUUUGAGCUGCUACAGAAAAUGGACCGAAAAUACUUUCGGUAUGCUUUCCUUAAAAUCCAACAAUGCAAAUAAAGUGUAUGCUCUUGAGUAUGCUCUGCUUAAAGUAUUUUAAAGUAUUGCAAUAAACACAUUUUCCAUGUAAAGCUUUGAAUUGUUUGGACAUAGCCUUACAAGUAACUCACAACUUACGCACAUUUAACUUGUGCGCAUUCAGCUUAACACGCUUGGCAAAUCUUUUUUUUAAAAAAAAAUGGAAAGGGGGUGGGUGUCCAGGAAAAAAAGACUUUGACAAUCUCACCUGCCAUUGAACCAAAUGUAUUCUGGCCAUACUCAAUUUUGGCUUUAUGCGCCAGAACGAAACCCGCAGGUAAGUUGAGAGUCACCUCUAUACCAAGGGUGGAAUCUUACAGUCCCAAGGACAGCAUCCCAGGGCCAUAGGAUAACUCAGAUCUAUAUUUCUCACCGGGCUCCAGUGUGGGACAGUCAGAGUCUCCCUCUCGGAUUCCACCCUUGUGGGGGCAUUCUAGGAAGUUGAUACAAAACCAUUCCAGUGCCCUGACACAUCCCCAAAGAAGUCCAGGCAUAUUUCUGAGCGUGGUGCUAGAAGAAAACUUGUUGGUACUUAAUCCAUUAGGCGGUUCUUGUGAAACUUCCUAUUUGUUACAUGCAUAAGCCCGUAUGUUGUAUAAGCCCGUCAGAUAUUCCUUUGCCCACCUUAUGCUUCCUGGUAAAAAAACAAAAACAAAACUAUGAUGAGCCCCAGUGAUGAAUGCUUGUUAUGAAUAAUCUACAUUGUUCUUGACUUCCAUGUCUUUAAACCGUCACAGGUAACCUAACUUUGCUUUAGUGCUAUAGAAUCAUGGCUAUACAUCUGGAGGAAUUUGCAUAUCAAAAUGUGUGAUUUUAAUGGUUAUUUUAAAUAUAGCCUCAAUUAUUGGGGUCCCACAGAUUCUUCUCUCAGUAUUGUAGCCCAGGAAAGACAUUUUAGAGGCUUUGGUUAAGCUGUGUGAUGAUGAGCUUAGGAAGGAAGGGUUCCAUAAAUUUAUAAUGCAGGGGGAGAUAAAUGUUGUAGUUUCUGUGACAUGAGCUAACCCCCAGUUUUCUUCAUCUAGGGCUUGAGACAAAGCUUCAGGCAAGGAUCUUGGGGACCUGA